AUGACGGCGAUCGACAAACUCGAAGGCGAUCUCCUGACACAAGUUCUCAUUCGAGUUCAGGAACCUAGAUCCCGCUGCCACUGCAAACUCGUGUGCAAGCAAUGGAACUCUCUGCUCUCUGAUCCGGACUUCGUCCGCAGCUUCGAUUCUCACCACCAGAGCGCCGGAGAAUCGGAUGGCGAAUCGCCUCUGAUGCUCAAAGACUCCAUCUUGAGCUUCAUCCCCGUGCCCGACGCUGAGCGUCGACGUGCUUUCAAGAUUUUCGAUUCCUUCAAGGACUUACUUCUAUGCGGGUUCGGAUGCCAACUGUGCGAUCCGGUACUCGAGAGGUCGUUUCUGAUUUGCAACCCAACCACGAAGCAGUGGAUCUCCCUUCCUGUAGCGCCCGAGAAGCCCGAGGGCUCUAGCGACCCCGUUGCCAGGCUAGUUUGUGAACCCCGCAGUAGCGGCGGUGGAAAUCAUGGCUAUCGGUUUCGGGUGGUGCACAUGUAUCGACAUAUAGACCAUCGAUAUGGGCAUCCUACACGAUUUGUGGAUUCUAUAAGACUAGACGUAUUUUGUUCCGAAUCCGGAGGAUGGAUUGAGAAGGCUCUUGUUCUCCAAGGCUAUAGCAGAAUGAUCCACAAGAAUGUUGUGUGUUCCUGCAACGGGAGGCUGUUUUGGUGCUGUGAGAAAGUCAAUGGUCUCGACCACCGGCCGAAUUUUAUGGUGGUUGCAAUUAAUCCUUUCCGUCUCGAUAUACCUCCCAUUUUGAUUGACACGCCUCCGGCGGGUCUGCUCCCUCGUAACCCGUCGUGGAAUAUUUCGGUUUCACAAGAUGCUUUGCAUGUAAUUGUAUUCGAGAGUUAUCCUCGGCUUGGUGUCUCGAGGAACCUCUCGAGCGUCUGGAGGCUGGAGGAAGACUACAAGUCUUGGAGUAGCCUACACCAGGGGUGGUUGAACUUGAACACAUCGAGAUUUAAGGGUUUGAAUGAGUAUUUUCUUCAUCAUAUACGCCACGUGCAUCCGGACAAGUCGGAAAUUGUGUUUCUGGAGUUUCAGUGGUAUCCCGGUCACUCUCAUGUUUGGUACGUUAUCUUGUCCUUCAAUUUAGUGAGCGGAGAGAUAGACUACUUCUCUAAUGUAGCACAACAUGAAACUCCGUGGACGGUGUUCAAACCUAAGGUUUCUUGUUGGCCCAUUCCAAUUCCAAGAUACGAGAAACUACGAACUAGAUAUGAUGGAAGCCACAGGUGGUUGGUUCAAAGCAGCAGCAACAACAAGAAAGCAAGAUAUAUAUGA